UCGCUGAUCAAGCGCUCUCGACACUGGGUGAGAACUCAUAGUCGGGAGGAACGACAAGGGAGCAAGCUGCGCUCAUUUAGUAGCUAACAUCCACUUUCUCCGGGAUUGUCACGGGAUUUCAAUGUACAGCCUGCUCUUUUGCUUCUCGGUUGAAUUGGGCCGCACAUUUAUGGCGUUUGCGAACGUCAGUGGAGAGUUCUGCCAGGCACAGCACCUCGCCUCUGCGGACAAGUGAAUCAUCAAGGGCCCCCCACAGGACUACGCUACCCAGAAGCCCCCCUGAAAACCAGCAACACUGGGACUGAAGCUGCUCUCUCUCCCCCUCUCCCCUUCCCUGGGAUAUCGCGUAGUCCUCGGCCAGAACGUCCCCCUGUCCCAGUGCAGGCACAUUGACAGCAAAACCAACCGCCCCGACUCCCUCCGGCUGUCUCUCUCAUCAGCCAAUUGGAACUCCUCUCCUGAAUGGGACCUCUCGCCAAAAUGAACCGCCCUGCCGCUGUGGAGAUUGUCUAUGAGUGCAUGAGGUUUCUCAUCACGCACAACCCCACCAAUGCGACCCUCAACAAGUUCACCGAGGAGCUGAAGAAGUUCGAGGUGCACACGCUGGUGCGGGUGUGUGACGCCACCUACGACAAGGCACCCGUGGAGAAGGAAGGAAUCCAAGUCCUGGACUGGCCCUUUGAUGAUGGCGCCCCGCCCCCGACACAGAUCGUCGAUGAUUGGCUGAACUUGCUGAAGACGAAGUUUCGGGAGGAGCCAGGAUGCUGCAUCGCGGUACACUGUGUUGCGGGAUUGGGCCGAGCACCGGUUCUGGUGGCCUUAGCCUUAAUCGAAUGCGGGAUGAAGUACGAGGAUGCCGUGCAGUUUAUACGACAAAAGAGACGUGGAGCCUUCAACUCCAAACAGCUACUUUACCUCGAAAAAUACAGACCCAAGAUGCGUCUCCGAUUCAAAGACGCCAACGGUCAUAACUGCUGCAUUCAGUAGGGUUUGGGUCGUAAACUUGGGAGGGGGGACACAAAAAAAAUGCAAUGAAUAACGAUUAUUGUAAUUGUAAUAAUGAGCCACGGCAGUUGAUCAUGGAGAGUGAGGGCAAGUCAUUGUGGAUUCACCAGCUGAGAUGUGGUCAAAGCACAUAAAAAUGGCCCGCCUCCAGGUUACCUGUGUCCAAUCACGAGUGAGCAUUUUAACAGAAAUCCCACUUUACAGUGUCCAAUCAUGGGAUAGAUUUUAUUUUUUUUUUUAAUGGAUAAAAGUUGAACAAUAGUGAAAACAUCUAUAAAUGUGUUAUAGCCUCAUUGUUUGUAGUGAACUUUUUUUAAUUACAUAAGGCCCAGUGUCUUCUGGGUAAUGGAUUGUAAACCUGUUUAUCAUCCCUGAAAAAAAAAAAAAAAAACAGAAAAUAUUCAUAUUUGAAGAGAGCUAGUGUGCAUUGGGUUGGGAGCAUUGUGUGCUAGGGAAUUUUUGCACAAAACAAAACCUGAAAGGUUCCACUUAAUGCAGUAUUUUUUUUGUUGUUUCCUUUCACAUUUUUUUGGUAACUCACUUUAAAAGUAAUGACUGGUUGGGUGUUUGACAGAUAUUUACCGUACCUAGUAUCUCUGUCCAGGGAUUGAGGGGGGUAAGCUCUCUGGCCCUGUUCUCGUCUUUGGCAUUCGGAUUCUCUUGGGAGUGCAAUAUUGAGUCGGCAUUUGGAAGCCCCUCCCCUGUGACCGCCCUACACUCUUUUUGUUUCCCACAGGAAGUCACUGUAAAAGUGUUUAAGGUACUUGCUAAUCACAGCCACCCCUCACUUCCUGCUGGGUUCACCAUCGGGGUUUACGAUAGGACUUGUUUGUGGCCGUGCUGUCUUUUAUUAUUAUUAUUAUUU